AUGGCACAUUUUUCCAUGAUAAAAUGGAUUAUGAUAAUAUUUUUCAUCUCGUCUGUAUCUGCACAACAAUGUGAUCAAUCUGUGGAAACAGCACGUUUCGAUUGUCACCCUGAACCAUUUGCAUCAUCAGAAAAAUGCCUGGCUCGUUACUGUUGCUGGAAACCGAUCUUUUCACCGACAAAUCGCUCAACUAAUUCUCUUGAAGUUAACGUACCUUCUUGUUAUUAUCCACGAGAUUUUCCAACAUAUAAAAUAAUAACUAAUGAAUCAACUGUUUUUGGCCAACGAUUAACAAUUGUUAAACAACAAACAACCUAUAUGCCUAAUGAAAUUCUGAAUUUGACAGUUGAUCUUCUCUACGAAACAGCACAACGAUUUCGUUUACGAAUUUAUGAUUCAACGAAGAAACGUUUCGAAGUACCACUUGAGGUUCCAGUAGUUGAAACAAAAGUUAAUGUCACUGAUUACGAAGUUUCACUGAGUCAAGCACCGUUUGCUAUUCUUGUCAAACGAAAAUCAACCGGUGUGACAUUGUGA